AGUAUUAAAAAAAAAAUGUGGCGACAACUUGAGUGUUUCACUUUUACUAUAAUAUUUGGCUUUUUUUUAUGUGAUUGCGAAAUGACAAUGACAUACAUAAACUCUACUUUUACUGGCGAUGCCAAAGUAGAUAAAUUUUUUCCUGACAACCUUUGUUACCGAACUUACAACGACGGCUUAAAAAAUGUGUCAUCUCAAUUAAAUAGUCUUUUGGUUUCAAACCCAGUCACCUGCUCUACAACGGCGAGAACGAAUUCCUUAAUAAAAAGAAAAAGAAGAGCAAUUGUAAAAGAACUUUUAAAAGAAUUAGCCAAUAAACCAAAAAGAAGAUCAAGACGUGAUGGGUCAUAUAGCAUUCCAUCUAAUCUACCUAAUGGUUCAACAGUUGCUUAUUGCAGCAAUCCUUCUUGUUGUACUAAUAAAAGGACUUUAAAAUCGCCUUCUUUUAUGUACUAUAAUCUUUGCAGGGAAUGUGUCCAUCUAAUAACUCUUCCAGCAGGGUAUACUCCUCAAAACCAUUUCCACGUCACGUGUCAAGAUAUUGAUUAUUCUACUUCUUGUUUAAUGGGUGAAGGAGCAUGUAUUACAAAUUUGGCGACCAAAACUAUUAGUGUCGAUACUAACAUUAACCCAAGUGGCCAGAUUUUUAUUACUGUUGGGCAAUCUUGUUCAUGCGAUAUCUUACACGAUUCAAUUUUUUCUGACUUCAUUGUAUAAACUAUCGUCGAGAUUUGUACCUAUUUUUGCUGAAGACAAGACUUGGAAUUAUUCGUAAA